GAGAGAAAAGGCAAUGGAGGCUUUGAAUCUUUCUUCAUUGCUUCUUUCAUUCUUUCUUUUUUCUCUGUUUCAAACAUCCACCAUUGCAUUCAAGAAGUCUUAUAUUGUUUAUUUGGGAUCACAUUCACAUGGGUUGAAUCCUUCUGCAAUUGAUGCCCAACUUGCAACAGAAUCUCACUAUAAUUUACUUGGAUCCUUGUUAGGAAGCAAUGAAGCAGCUAAGGAAGCAAUUUUUUACUCAUACAAUAGACAUAUCAAUGGCUUUGCAGCUGUGCUAGAUCAAAAAGUUGCAAGCGAUCUCACAAAACAUCCUGAUGUGGUAUCAGUACAUGAAAACAAAGGGAAAAAACUGCACACAACACUUUCAUGGAACUUUCUUGGAGUUGAGAAUAAUGGUGCAAUUCCUUCAAACUCUAUUUGGAAUCUUGCAAGUUUUGGUGAAUCUACAAUCAUUGCCAACCUUGACACAGGUGUUUGGCCAGAAUCAAAGAGUUUCAAUGAUGAAGGAUAUGGACCUAUCCCAACAAGGUGGAAGGGAAGUUGUGAAGGUGGCUCCAAAUUUCAUUGCAACAGGAAGCUGAUCGGAGCAAGGUAUUUCAACAAAGGGUAUGCAGCCAUUGUGGGACCUCUAAACUCAAGCUAUGAAUCAGCAAGGGACCAUGAAGGGCAUGGAACACACACAUUAUCCACAGCUGGUGGUCAUUUUGUUGAAGGAGCUAAUAUAUUUGGGUAUGGUAAUGGCACUGCAAAAGGAGGGUCACCUAAAGCCCUUGUUGCUGCCUAUAAAGUUUGUUGGCCUCAAGUGUUCUUGUUUGGUGAAUGUUUUGAGGCAGACAUUCUAGCUGGCUUUGAAGCUGCCAUUAGUGAUGGAGUUGAUGUUCUGUCUGUUUCACUUGGUGGAGAUCCUAGUGAUUUUGCCCAAGAUUCAAUAUCUAUAGGAGCAUUUCAUGCUGUUCAAAAUGGUAUUACUGUUGUUUGUUCUGCUGGAAACUCUGGCCCAAUUCCUGGCUCUGUCUCUAAUGUUGCACCAUGGAUCAUAACUGUGGGAGCUAGCACAAUUGAUAGGCUUUUUACGAGUUAUGUCGCACUCGGAGAUAAGAAGCACAUUAAGGGUGCAAGCCUUUCUGAUAAAAUAUUGCCAGAACAGAAGUUCUAUCCAUUGAUCAGUUCUCUAGAUGCAAAAGCCAACAAUGUCUCUAACUACCACGCGCUAAUAUGUGAAGAAGGGUCUCUUGAUCCAAAAAAGGUAAAAGGGAAGAUUGUAGUUUGUCUUAGAGGGAUCAAUGCAAGAGUGGACAAAGGUUUUGUGGCUGCUGAAGCAGGUGCUGUUGGGAUGAUUCUUGCUAAUGACAAGGAAAAUGGAGAUGAACUUUUAGCUGAUGCACAUUUACUUCCUGCUUCCCAUAUAACCUAUUCUGAUGGUCAACUAGUCUACCAAUACAUCAACUCUACCAAAAUUCCAAUGGCUUACCUGACUCACGUGAGGACAGAGUUGGGAGUCAAACCAGCACCAGUUAUGGCUUCAUUCUCGUCAAGAGGGCCCAACACGAUCGAUCCAUCAAUACUCAAGCCAGAUAUAACAGCACCAGGUGUGAAUAUAUUAGCAGCAUACUCUGAAGAUGCAUCACCAUCAGGUUCAAGUUUUGAUAAACGUAGGGUGGCAUUUAACGUAGAAUCUGGGACUUCAAUGUCAUGUCCUCAUAUUUCUGGGAUUGUUGGACUUCUCAAAACACUUUAUCCUAAAUGGAGUCCUGCAGCUAUUAGAUCUGCUAUCAUGACCACAGCUGGAACAAAAGCCAAUGACUUGAAUCCAAUACUGAGCACAAAGCAAGAGAAAGCAAACGCAUUUGCAUAUGGUGCAGGCCAUGUUCGUCCAAACAAAGCAGCAAAUCCAGGCCUUGUUUAUGACCUUUCCACCAAAGAUUACUUGAACUACCUAUGUGCUUUAGGCUACAACAAAACACAAAUCAAACAAUUCUCCAAUGACACUUCUUUUGUUUGUUCAAAAUCAUUCAAAACAACAGAUUUGAACUACCCGUCGAUCUCGAUACCGGAUCUGAAAUCGGAGGCCGUCGUGAAGAUCAAAAGGAGAUUGAAGAAUGUGGGAAGUCCAGGCACGUAUGUCGUACAAGUCAACGCACCACCAGGGGUUUCGGUUUUUGUUGAGCCGACUAGUUUGAAGUUCACUGGAAUUGAUGAAGAGAAGAGUUUUAGAGUUGUGUUGAAGAGUAGUGUGCCUAAUGAUUUUCGUCAAAUGUAUGUGUUUGGGAGAAUUGAAUGGUCUGAUGGGAACCAUCGUGUUAAAAGUCCGAUUGUAGUGAGAGUAGGUGGUUGAUCUGGAUUGAGUUAGGUCGAAUUGGGUCAAAUUUAACUUGUGUUAGCACAUCCUUUAGGAAAUUCUUGUCUUGUUCACAGUGUAUUGUUAUGUUUAAUGAUAAUGGAUUUCUCUUUGCUUCA